UAUGAAAGCUGAGAGGUCAGCUCUGGACCAAGGACCUUUUCCACCUUCUCCUCCCAGGGUAAGAGGGCAUGAUCGAUGCUGAGCUUCCCUGGUCUAGCGUUCACUUUCCACCCUGAAUCUGUGCCAGCCCUGAGUAGUGGGAUUUGAAUGGACUCUGGAUGUAACACAUUCUAGACAUUAGUACUAUACAUUAUGGCAACAAGGAAAAUUUUUUUGUGUGUGCUUGGUAAAAAAAGUUCACAAGCUUCAGUACGUUUUAUUUUAUUUUAUUUUCUGGGUUUUUUUGUUGUUGUUGUUGUUAUUGUUGUUACUGACCCAUUGGUAGACAUAGUAAGGUUUAAAGAUGUGCUCAAUCUGCCAGUUGGGGAGGCAGGAGUAAAACUUGGGUAAAAGUAAAGACAAGGGACCUUUGUGCAUUUCCCAGGCCUUACCCCAUCAGAAGCUUCAUGAAGGCAGAGGUGUCAAGUAUAGGGAUUAUAUAGGAAUGAUGGGGGUGCUCAGGAUAAGACCCACUCAGCCUUAACAUCCAGGCUGGGGGCUAUGGGAUAGGCCACUGAGCUGAGCUGAGCUGAGCCCAGGCAGCAGAGGCACAGAUGGGUACAAUCCUUCCCAGCCACGGCUGCCAGUAGCAUAAUUGGCACCUUUGUGAAGAAUAGAAAAAGAUGUCCCUUUCAAGGGCACCCCCCUCUGAGUGGCUCCAUUGAGCACAGCAUGGGUUGGAUAUCAGCCCCUGUUCGUAUCCUUUUGGCUGUGACCCUUUGUGCAAGGCACAGCUUGCCUGACUGUAUGCAGCAGCCCUGGUCCUGUCAUUCAGGCAGUGGAUAUGGGCUGGGGACAGAGGAUGCCAGCAUACAGACAAAAGUGUCUAAUGAGACACACUCUGUUCUAGCACCCCAGACAGGGGAUCUGGGGUAAACACACGGAUACCCAGAGCCAAGACUGGGGCUGUGGGAUAAACACACACUGAGGCCAGCUUUAAUGCAGUCAGUCCCAGUGUCCAGGAAAGGGGUUUGUGACAAGACAUAAUUAGUCCUAGCAUGCAGCCAAGGAGCAUGUCAUGGGCACAGCUUGUCCUAGCACUUAGGAAGGCACCUGUCUAGCAAAGGGAAUAGAUCUCAGUGUCCCCCCGUGGGUUUGGAGAGAGGCCACCCGAGCACGGGGCUCCUGCAAGCAUCCCUGGUGAUGUGCCUGCUACUUGUUGAAGAAGAAGAAGAUUGAAAACAUCUCUAGUUCUCAGCUCUUCCCAGCAAGGAAGUUCCUGGGACCUAGAGCUCAGGACAUUUAAUAACGAGCAUAAUCAUAAGUCAUGUGAUGAUAUACAUUUGGGCCUUUACAACUUACAGAAGUUGUCAGGGACUUUCUUUUGUCUGAUCCUCCCAGUGACACUGUAGGUAGAACCUGGGCUGGCUUUAUCAUCAUUGUUUUACAGCUGAGGAAACUGAGGCUCAGAGUGGUUAUGGGUUUUGCCUGCAGCCAGGCAGCUAAUAUGUGGAUUCAGCUAAUAUAUGGAUCCUGAGCCAGGAUUCAAACCCAAGUCUGCCUGGCGCCAACCCAGAGUGCUACCCAUACCAUCACCACGGGAGCUCUCGACAGCCUGGCAGAUAAUAAUCAUCAUCCUCAUCCUCAUCCUAAUAUUAGCAAUUAUAGCAAUAUUACAAUCCCUGAUUUACAGAUGAGGAGAAAGAGGUUCUCAGAGAGUCAGUGCCUUGGGCUGUCUGGUUCCAAAGCCAGCAUUUAAUUUAUUCAGACACGCUUCCUUACAUCCAUCCUGGGCCCACAGUCAAGGAGGCUAUAGGGGCCUAGAGGAGUCAGCAUCUGGGAAGUGAGGGUCAAAUUCAGGCUAUGGGAAGGGGCUAAAGCACGGCGUGUGUGGGGCAAGAUCUUGACAACAUGGUGGGAAGGCAACUUGAACUUGCAACCAGGGCUGGGUAGGGACCCACUUGUAAAUUUUGGAAUUCGCUCCAGUUAGAGUGAAGGAGAGCUUGCUGGAGCAGGCAGUGUCUGAGCAGGGCUGUUGGGGACUGCUGUGCAGAUUUGCAUAAGGAGGGUGUCCCCGGAGGUGGGAUCAGCUUGUGGAGGAAAGCGAGGGGGAUGGGUUUAGAGAUGGGGAGCCAUCCGUGGGGCUAAAAUAGAAGAUCUAGGCAGGAAAAGAGCAGUAAGGUCAGAAAGCGGGUCAGGGCUGGGUCACAGCGACCUUCUGUCAUCAGUGGGGAGCUGGGGAAGUUGGAGGAGAGAGGCGAGGCUCUGUGGCCUAGGAAGGGCAGAAACACUGGAUCCAUGCACAGGCCUCCAUUUGGGGGCAGGUUGCUUUCUAGUUGUGUGACUGGACAAUCUGUUCAUCUCUUGGAACCCCAGUUUCCUCAUCUGAUAAACUUCAUGUGUGCGUGCAUGCGUGUGUGGAGGGGGAAGGGCUCGGGAGGUAGAAGAAACACCGAGGAGAGGCGCUAGGCCUGGGCUUUUAUGGGAACUGAAUAGCAAGGAGAGAGCAGAGUCGGUAGAUUGCAAGCCACCCUUGGCAUGACCCAGGCCUGAGGGCUUCUAAAGUAUGGGGUGCCAGAGGAAGUGUGGCGUCUAAUUAGAGCUGAACAGCUGGUGAUGGGGGUGGGGGGUAGGCAUGGGCAGAGAAAGGUGCCUGGACUUCUUGUGGAUCCCUGAGAAGUUGUCACAGAUCUGACCUAAAGGCACCUUAAGCCAAGGUCCAGGAGAGGGAUUGGCCAUGGCUCGAGGUCACAAAGCUAGCUAGUAGCAGAGCCUGCUUCCUAGCUGUGCACUCUUUGCAAAAUCACUUAACUUCUCUGGUUCUUAGUUUCUCAUGGGUAAAAUGGAAACAAUAGUCUUGACUUCUCUGGGUUGAUGAGAGAACUUAAAGUAAAGCAAUGCUCGGUGUGAAAUAGUGGUGCAACAAACUGUAGUGUCCUCCGCUUUCCCCUAACCCAAUCCAUUGUCAUAUGCUAUAUAGCCAGGCUGGAAGAAUGUGAACAGGUGUAGAACUUGAAAACAGAGAGGGCAGGGGGGGCCUGAUGAGGCCCUCACCAGAAGAUGAGGGGGCCCAGGCCUAGAGGCACUGCUGCAGUGAGGGUCAGCCUGAACUUGUUGGCCCUGGGGACCAGGCUGGGGUUGCUAGGCACGCAAGGAUGAAAGCGGGAGGAGGUGGCCUGUUGCUAGGGAAGGAGGGAGGGGGUGGGGGAGCCGCUGACACCCGUGGAGACGGGGACGUCCCUAUGGCAACGGGAGCCACUGCAGUUGGAGGAGAAGUGGGAGGAGGAGCCUCCCACUCUGGGCCUCAGUGCCCCAAUCUGUCCUACGGGAGUUUGGAUUAAAUAAUCUCUUGUUUUGACCUCUUGGCAAUCUGGGAUGGCCAAGACCUCAUGAACCAUCUGUGGCUCCCCCAUCCACAUGUCCAAGGCACUACCUAUCCCCAGAGCCAUCCAGCUGCAUCACCUCCCAUGAUGCCUCCCGUUUGGCUCAGCCUGGUUGCCCACCCUGCCCUGUUCCUACCACUUCCUUUGCCUGGAACCUUGCCACUUACUGCUUCCCAGUCUGGGGUUGCUGCAGACACAGAUGAGCCAGCUCGGCCCAGCCCAAAUGGGAGCUUGAUGAUGGCGUAGACAGCCAGUUUGUGAGGACAAAAGUCUAGAGGAGUCAGAGCUGGAUUCUGACAGUGGGAGAGAGGAGGAGGUACCUUUCCAGGAAGCUAAAGAAGGGCAAGAAGGGGUCCACAGCGUCUCAUACUCUACACCAGUAUUGCUGUCCUACUCAGGUCCUUGACUCCAUGAAGCUUACCCCCUCAGGCAGGCUGGCAGAGAGCAGUGUGGAGGGUGAUGCCCCAGGCAGUGACCUGAGCACAGCGGUUGAUAGUCCUGGGAGCCAACCCCCCUACCGGCUGAGCCAGCUGCCCCCCUCCAGCAGCCACAUGGGGGGCCCCCCUGCUGGAGUGGGCCUUCCCUGGGCUCAGCGGGCACGCCUCCAGCCAGCCAGUGUCGCCCUGAGGAAGCAGGAGGAGGAGGAGAUAAAGCGCUCCAAGGCCCUAUCGGACAGCUAUGAACUCUCCACAGACCUGCAGGACAAGAAGGUGGAAAUGCUGGAGAGGAAGUAUGGGGGCUCCUUCCUGAGCCGCAGGGCUGCCAGGACCAUCCAGACAGCCUUCCGCCAGUACCGCAUGAACAAGAACUUUGAGCGGCUACGCAGCUCAGCCUCAGAGAGCCGCAUGUCCCGCCGCAUCAUCCUUUCCAACAUGCGGAUGCAGUUCUCCUUUGAGGAGUAUGAGAAGGCACAGAACCCCGCGUACUUCGAGGGCAAGCCUGCCUCGCUGGACGAGGGUGCCAUGGCUGGUGCCCGGAGCCACCGGCUUGAACGGGGGCUCCCAUAUGGAGGCUCCUGUGGUGGGGGCAUCGAUGGUGGUGGAAGCUCCGUCACCACAUCUGGAGAGUUUUCUAAUGACAUCACAGAACUUGAAGACUCCUUCUCCAAACAGGUAAAGUCUCUGGCUGAAUCCAUCGACGAAGCCCUGAACUGCCACCCGUCAGGGCCCAUGUCUGAGGAGCCAGGGUCAGCCCAGCUGGAGAAGCGGGAGUCAAAGGAACAGCAAGAGGACAGCUCAGCCACAUCCUUCAGUGAUCUUCCCCUCUACCUGGAUGACACAGUUCCCCAACAAUCCCCUGAGCGACUGCCCAGCACAGAACCCCCACCCCAGGGCCGGCCCGAGUUCUGGGCGCCAGCCCCUCUCCCGCCGGUUCCUCCACCAGUGCCAUCAGGAACCCGGGAAGACGGUAGCCGUGAGGAAGGCACUCGCAGGGGUCCCGGGUGCUUGGAGUGCCGGGAUUUCCGGCUGCGGGCCGCCCACCUUCCCCUGCUUACCAUUGAGCCUCCUAGUGACAGCUCCGUGGACCUGAGUGACCGCUCAGAUCGCGGCUCUGUCCACCGCCAGCUGGUGUAUGAGGCUGAUGGCUGCAGCCCCCAUGGGACCCUGAAGCACAAGGGGCCACCAGGCAGGGCCCCGAUCCCACACCGCCACUACCCAGCCCCUGAGGGCCCAGCCCCAGCCCCACCAGGGCCCCUGCCACCAGCCCCCAACAGUGGCACUGGGCCCAGUGGUGUGGCUGGGGGUCGGAGGUUGGGGAAGUGCGAGGCAGCAGGCGAGAACUCUGAUGGUGGAGAUAAUGAGAGCCUCGAGAGCUCCAGCAAUUCCAAUGAGACCAUCAACUGCAGCUCCGGCUCCUCUUCUCGGGACAGUCUAAGGGAGCCUCCGGCCACCGGCCUGUGCAAGCAGACUUACCAGCGGGAGACAAGGCACAGCUGGGACUCGCCAGCUUUCAACAAUGACGUGGUCCAGAGGCGGCACUACCGAAUCGGCCUCAACCUCUUCAACAAGAAGCCAGAGAAGGGUAUCCAGUAUCUGAUCGAGCGGGGCUUCCUGUCAGACACACCGGUGGGAGUGGCUCACUUCAUCCUGGAGCGGAAAGGCCUCAGCCGGCAGAUGAUAGGGGAAUUCCUAGGGAACCGGCAGAAGCAGUUCAACAGAGACGUGUUGGACUGUGUGGUGGAUGAAAUGGACUUCUCCUCCAUGGAUCUGGAUGAUGCGCUCCGGAAGUUCCAGUCCCAUAUCCGGGUUCAGGGUGAGGCCCAGAAAGUGGAGCGACUCAUCGAAGCCUUCAGCCAGCGGUACUGUGUCUGUAACCCAGCCCUCGUGCGCCAGUUCCGGAACCCAGACACCAUCUUCAUCCUUGCUUUUGCCAUCAUCCUCCUCAAUACCGACAUGUACAGUCCCAGCGUCAAGGCUGAACGAAAGAUGAAACUAGAUGACUUCAUCAAGAACCUGAGAGGGGUUGACAAUGGUGAAGACAUCCCCCGAGACCUCCUGGUGGGCAUCUACCAGCGCAUCCAGGGGCGUGAACUGCGGACCAACGAUGACCAUGUGUCCCAGGUGCAGGCUGUGGAGCGCAUGAUUGUUGGAAAGAAACCAGUCCUGUCUCUCCCUCACCGUCGACUGGUUUGCUGCUGCCAGCUCUACGAGGUGCCAGAUCCAAACCGCCCCCAGAGGCUAGGGUUGCAUCAGCGGGAGGUCUUCCUCUUCAAUGAUCUCCUUGUGGUCACCAAAAUUUUCCAGAAGAAGAAGAUCUUGGUGACGUACAGUUUCCGUCAGUCUUUCCCCCUCGUGGAAAUGCACAUGCAGCUCUUCCAGAAUUCAUAUUACCAGUUUGGGAUCAAGUUGCUGUCUGCAGUACCUGGCGGGGAGCGAAAAGUCCUCAUCAUCUUCAAUGCCCCCAGCCUCCAGGACCGGCUGCGCUUUACAUCCGACCUGCGCGAGUCCAUUGCGGAGGUGCAGGAGAUGGAGAAAUACCGUGUGGAGUCGGAGCUGGAGAAGCAGAAAGGUAUGAUGCGGCCUAACGCCUCACAGCCUGGAGGGGCCAAGGACUCAGUGAAUGGGACGAUGGCCCGCAGUAGCCUGGAGGACACUUACGGGGCAGGCGAUGGGCUCAAACGGGGCGCACUCAGCAGUUCCCUGCGAGACCUCUCUGAUGCAGGGAAGCGGGGGCGGCGUAACAGCGUGGGAUCGCUGGACAGCACCAUCGAAGGGUCUGUUAUUAGCAGUCCACGCCCUCACCAGAGGAUGCCACCUCCGCCCCCACCCCCGCCGCCAGAGGAGUACAAGAGCCAGAGGCCCGUCUCCAACUCCUCAUCCUUCCUGGGCUCCCUAUUUGGAAGCAAGCGGGGCAAGGGGCCCUUCCAGAUGCCACCACCGCCAACAGGCCAGGCCUCUGCCUCCUCUUCAUCUGCUUCUUCCACACACCACCACCACCACCACCACCAUCAUGGCCAUAGCCACGGUGGCCUGGGGGUGCUGCCUGAUGGGCAGUCCAAGCUCCAGGCCCUGCAUGCCCAGUAUUGCCAAGGACCGGGCCCUGCCCCACCACCCUACCUCCCACCCCAGCAGCCCUCUCUUCCCCCACCUCCCCAGCAGCCCCCACCCUUGCCCCAGCUGGGCUCCAUUCCACCGCCUCCCGCCUCAGCCCCACCUGUGGGGCCACAUCGCCAUUUCCACGCCCAUGGCCCAGUCCCAGGGCCCCAGCACUAUACCUUGGGCCGGCCAGGCAGGGCACCCAGACGGGGGGCUGGAGGACACCCUCAGUUUGCUCCACAUGGCCGCCACCCCCUGCACCAGCCCACAUCCCCACUGCCCCUGUACAGUCCUGCCCCCCAGCACCCUCCAGCCCACAAACAGGGCCCUAAGCACUUCAUCUUCAGCCACCACCCACAGAUGAUGCCAGCAGCAGGCGCAGCUGGGGGCCCUGGAUCCCGGCCACCAGGGGGCUCCUACUCCCACCCCCACCACCCCCAGUCACCAUUGUCACCACACUCACCCAUCCCACCCCACCCCUCCUAUCCACCCCUCCCCCCACCCUCCCCUCACACCCCGCACUCACCCCUUCCGCCCACCUCCCCCCAUGGCCCGCUGCACGCCUCUGGGCCCCCUGGCACAGCCAACCCCCCCAGUGCAAACCCCAAGGCCAAGCCAAGCCGGAUCAGCACCGUGGUCUGAUGAAUGGAGAGAGUGAGCUGGGGAACAGGAAAGUCUGGGGAACCACAGGAGAGGGACCUUGCACCCUCUUUGCUUCCUUGGUUUUUUCAAAAAUAUAUAUACACAUAGCAACGUCCUCCUCCCCAUGUCCUCCCUGCCUUGGGACCCAUCCUCUCACCCCCAGCAGUUGCCAUGGGGUUUCCUUCCAGAUUCGAGGAUCCUUGCCACUUGAAGCCUGGACUCAGGGUGCUCCAGCGCUGGGGAGUGGUGAGGGCCUUCCAGAGAUCCUCGUUCUCUGUCUCCCGUCUUCUUCUUCCCCACUUUUCCCUGGAGGUCUAGCUCUGUGGCCUCAGACCUCUGGGCCUGUGUGAGCUCCCUGUGAGCUCUGGCUGGCGGAGAAGGGCAGGUGUCCGGAGCUGUCGGGGUGAAGGCUUCCCGGGGGCUCCUCUGGCCGUGUGGGGCUAGGAGAGCGCUCUGUAGAGUUGUGGCCAAACCUCAGCUGGCUCAGCCCUCUCUCUGACCUCAGGGCCUGGCCACACACUUCCAUGUGUCUUUUUGCCUGCUGGAGGACACGGACCAUUGAUGCACUCGGUGGGUGGGAUCCUGCUUGUGUUGGCCCCACGUGGGGCAGUGCUUCCUCUCUCGAGCCAGUCUAUGCCCUUUCUCCAGUAGGCCCCAGCCCAGACCUCUUCGGCUUCAGGAACUUGCCUCGCCCUGCAACGUUCUUAUCCUGAUCAAAGUCCAGACAGGUUUUGGGGGGGGCUCAGGUCUGGGAUGAGAAGGGCACUGCCCUCCCUCACCCAUAUUGCAUGCCCCCCCCCAUUCCCUAACACCUACCCCACCUACAACUGAAGACAAUGCACUUUACAGAUAUCGCCCACACACACCUCGCUGGGGCAGGGCACCCAGCAUCAGCCCUGGGGAGAGAGGCUCCCAAAGGGCCACCAUGAGCCCAAGAUAUCCUUUCUGAGGCAGAGAUUGAAGCCAUCAGAGCUGGGGUUGGGAGCCAGAAUGCCUGAGUCCUUCUGUCCGUCAGAAUCUCCGCUGCCUCUCCAGCCCUUUUGCAGCCCUGUUUAUUUAUUAUAAAUAUAUUUUUUACAAGCCCCAGCUCCUCUUCUUGCCCCACAUAUCCAGCUCCUCACUCAGCUCCUGCCUCCCUCUCCCCUCUCCACCAUGGGCUGCAGUAUAGACAGACAGACGGACCCUGGCUGUACGAAGGGCCAGGGCCACUGGGGCUUGGGGGCGGGGGAGGGUGGCAGUGGGAGGGGCUGUAUGGAGAGGAGCUGGGGUUCAGGCAUUGUCUUUUUUCCUCCUUGUAUAUAAGAAUGUAUAUUUGAUGCCUCAUAAAAGACCUUGUGCUCAC